UAAAGGUGGUAAAAGAUAAACGUUUCCAGUGCUCCUUAAAAUCGCAAUAGCGCUUUUGAGGAAACAAUAGUGUAUUUGUAUUUUUGUUUACGUUUUAUAAAAGAUUCUCCAAUAUGUCAUACAAUCCGCCCCCAAGCGGUCCUCCCCCGUAUUACGGAUACCCUCCUCCGCCGAGUGCAGCACCUGGAUCUUUCGCCUAUGUACCGGCACCGGUCAUGAUGCCGGUAUAUCCCCCACAUCACGAAAUCAACACGCAGCCUGCCUACGUGACUAAUUACAUUUAUCCUCCACAACCGGCGCCUGAACCAGUACAAGUUGUGGAACAUGCUGAGCCUUCAGCGGAACUUAUAGAUUGGGUGCCAGCGACACCUGCUACUGCUCAGGGCCUUUAUGGUAAAGCGUACCUUGCUGGAAGAGAAGGGUGGGAUGGAAGUCCCUUAUGGUCUAUCCGAGCUCACCAUAACGGAAAUUUAGUUCCGGGCAAGCUAGCUAUUAAACAUAAAGCGGCCUAUAUACCAUUUUCGGGUAAAGAAAUACCGGUGCACAAUUUUGAGGUGCUAUGUGCUCCGAACCACGCAGUGCAUUGGGUGCCGAGUAGUCACGGACAGGUGCCACCUAACGCAAUCAUCGCUGGCAAUACUCAUACGGCUGAGCCUUUGUACCUAGGCAGGGCACGCCACAGGGGAUCUUUUUCUCCUGGCAAGAUACAUCCUAGCCACGGGUGCUGCUACAUUUCGUUUAGUGGGUCAGAAGUAUCGUACAAACAGUACGAGGUUCUCUGCAGAACGGAAGGCUGAUUGAAGUUGGUCGACAAUGUUUAACAAGAAAACGGAUAGCGAGACCCAUUUGUACUAAAUAAAACCAUAUUUGUA